AUGUCCCAAUUCAACCCAGGUGGUCCUCCUCCCCACCACAGUCACCAGCUGUCGUUGGAUCAGCCUUUUCCUUACCAACAUACCCUUCCACAACAGAUCCCCUCCAUUGUGGUCAAUCCAAUUAGUUCAGAGAAGAGAUCUCGUGAGUAUCAGGCUUCUGCACAGCUUCUUGCCCAGCCCCUGCCGUCAGCACAAGAUCCUCGGAUCUCCGGCCAAAUGAUCUAUACGGUCCCUCUAAACCAAAGACAGCCUCAGCCGUACCCCGGAAGCUUCUACACCCCAUUGCAGUCCGCACAGCCCCUAUAUCUUGCUAAUCAACCUCCACUGAACCAGGUGGUUGGUCUGGAAGAUGGCAGAUUUGCUAGAGCACCAGCGCUUUUAAACCGCCUUCACAACAAUGCUCCCUUGCAACCAUUGAUUCCGCUGCCGGCAGCGUUCAGCAGACCGAACGACUCGUCUGCGGAAAUUCUGCCGACACUCCCGUCGAAGGAGCUGAGGACAACUUUCAAGCCGCUGCGGGUGAAGAAGAAUCUGAAGCCAAAGAUCAACAAGAUCAGCCACGAAGCUUUAGAGUUGCAGUUUGCAAGGAAAAAGCAGGAAACUACAUUGGCUGAAUAUUCUUUGGAUGCUUUGUAUGCUGAAUUUGCUGAUGCUUUGAAGAUCGCCUCUCCAAGAUCACCUAUAGGAGCAGUGUAUCAAGAUGUUCUUGAAGAUGAGUUGGAGAGCAAGCUUUUCGACUUAUUCGUUCAUGUCAUUUCCAAAAGCAUCGACUCCUUCCUACCCCAGGAAAGCUUCCAGAAGCUUGUUUCCGAGCUAGCGUUAUACGAAGAUACCAAGAUGAUCCUUAAUGCCAUUUUUUGCUUAAGCUCGUUGAUUCUUCUGAGGAUCAAUCCUGACGCUAUUGAUCCUUCGUAUCCACUUAAAUACUACCAAAAGACGGUAGGAACUAUCAGACAUCAUCUAAGUCGUCCCGAUGCUGAAGAUGAAAACAAUGGUAUACUUGCUCGUUGUCUUAUGUCAACAAUCUUAUUAUGUAUCUACGAGCUCUUUUUUGUUGCAAUUGACAGCACUUAUGUGAAAGGUGCAGCGAGUAUUCUUACAUCGAUCAUGUCCAGAAGAAAUCGAUCUGAGAGUCUUCUUGCUAACUCGCCAUUCUAUCAUACGUGUUUCUGGGCAAUGUUCGUCUGCGAUUUGAUCUUGUCAUUGAAGCUUGAGUUGCCAAAUAUGUACUCGUUAGAGAAAACAUGGAAAGCGAUGGAUCCAAUGUACUUUGAGUCAUUCAACGAUCUGAAUUCCCAUCUGGAUGAGCCUGCAAGAUCUGCAAAAGAUGUUGAAGCAUUUCUCUCGAGUUCUUUAUUGACGGGCCAAAGCACUUUUUGGUGGCAGUACAAAGUGCUUUUGACUCUCAGCAGCAUUAAUGAGUUUACCAACUCUUAUGAUGUGAUCACAGAAGAUGAUUUCACAUCUAAUAGAGAAUUUUACAAAUGGAUGGAGCUCAAUCAAAAACUUGAAGAUAUUGAUCGUAACCUUCCUGUUUCAUUAAAGCCCAGCGUUUCUCGUCCAGCAUCUAGAGCAAGAGUUUUUCCACUUAUUCUUUUUAAGGACGAGGCAACCGCUAUUGUUGGGCUCAAUUAUAAAUUAGCAAAAAUCUGUCACUUCGUCAAGUUGUCCCAAAAAUUAAGAGUCAAAGAUACUUUUCUUGUUGAAGAUCAGGUGGUGAAGUUUCCUUCGGAUUUUCGUCUGAAGUUGUCCAAAGAUCUUGUGGGCAUACUACAAAGCUACCCAAAUUCCAGCAUAUGGCCUGUUACUAUUCACGCGUUAAGAGCGGCUUCGAGAAAUAUAGACAAAGAAGAUGAAACAGCGAUGAACCACCUUCGUGCCUUUACAAGACAAAUGGUGCAAUUCAGUCAUACUCACCUGGAUUUUGUUCCACCAGCUGCUUAA